UCCGUGACAACUACAACUGUAGCAUACUAUCUUUUCAGUUUAUUAUCAUGUUAAUGUGAAAAUUGUUUUGUUAUUUAACUCGGUACUUAUUAGCUAUUUCUGAAUUUUUUAAGUUGAAUCCGAAAUCGUGGUGAUGUACUGAUAUACAUUUUUUAUAAUUUAUUCACCAUAUUGUAAGGAGAAUUGUGAUUUAUUUGGUGAAGUGUGAAAAUCAAUAAUUUUACAUAACAUUUCUCCUUUUAAUUAAACGUAAUUUAAACACAUUACCUACAAUAUUUUUGAUUGUUAUAUUUGGAUUAUAUUUAACUUAUUAAUAUAUUUGCAGGAAAUGAACCAAAACGGUUUUAGUACUGGUGAAGAAGAUUCACGGGGUCCACUUGAUAAGAUUUGCUGUUUACAGGAAGACGGAUUUCGGUGUCAACGACAAGCUGGGAACGCUUCUUAUAGUAAAAAAAUUCGCAACACUGUCAGACAACUUAAGUUACAUUUGGACGCUGUCGCAAGACACAUCUAUAUUUGUGAUCAUCACAAGAGUAUGAUUCAAAGCGCUAGAACGCUGAAACCAUCUAGUCAAGAUGAAGCACCAGAGGUAGACUUUUCACAGCUACAGAUGAAUACGCUUAGGCGUUAUAAAAAACAUUUCAAAGUAGUGACCAAACCGAGUUUGAAUAAAGCUCAAAUGGCAGAGACCUUGUUAAACCAUUUUAAAACAAUAUCAGUUAACGAAAAAGAAGCCCUUACAUUCUUCAUAUACACAAUAAAGACAAAUGGUAACAAAUUAGAUCAAAAAAAUGGAAAUAAUAAUUCAGAUACACUGUCAUAGUGUAAUACUAUCUUUUUAAUUUGUAAAAAAUUAUUUAUUUUUAUUUUAUUAAUAUGUAUUUGUAUCAUUAGUGUUAAAAUGAAUUUAGAAUGUACACAACAUUUCCAAAUAAUCAAGGGGCAAACAAUUUAUAGAUAUGUCUACAAAUUAGUGAUUAAAAAUUUUAUGUUUCUUGUUAAACCAAUAGUUUUAUUUAUUUAUUUAUUUACUUAUUCUAAAAAUGUAAUGUUUAAAAACAUUUAUUUGAACCAAAUAAUUAUAUUAUAAAUUAUAUGCCUUAAUAAACGAUAAACUCAUUUUGAGUUUGAACUUAAAAACAUUUUUUUUUCUUAGUAAUAAGUAAUAACAUUUUAUUUAUCACACAUGUAUAUCAUAUUUAUUUUAUAACUUUAGACCUUAAUAUUAUCAUUAUAAAUAUAAUUUCAAA